AUGCCGAGCUCCGGAGGUCUGGGACAAAUUGCCCGCGGUGUAUCGCCGUAUCUCAUUCUGCUGAUCUUCAUCGCGACAUUCGGUCCGUUCCAAUUUGGCUACCACUUGUCCGAGUUGAAUGCGCCUCAGCAUGUCAUCACUUGCGAGGACGAUCAAGCUGUUCCCUCCGGGGCCCUCUCCCGCGUCGUGGCCGGCAUAUCGAGCUACACCUCUAAGAAACCCAAUCACGCGUGUCAGGGCAUUCCCAUGAGCGAACCUACCUUUGCCAUAGUGUCAUCCAUCUUCACCAUCGGCGGCCUGAUCGGUGCCCUGGCAUCCGGUCCCAUAACCUCCAAGAAGGGCCGAUGGCUGUCCAUUCAGAUCACAGCCAUCACAUUUGUCAUCGGCGCCAGCAUCGAGGCACUCGCCGCCGCAGCCUGGGUCAUCGCACUCGGGCGCUUUGUGUCGGGGCUCGGCUCCGGUGCCAGCACCGUCAUCGUGCCCCUAUACAUCUCCGAGGUCGCCCCGCCGGCCGAGAGGGGUUUCUUCGGCGCCUUCACCCAGAUCAGUUGCAAUACGGGAAUUCUGACCGCACAGGUGCUGGGCUACUUCCUGAGCCAUGGCGCCGCCUGGCGGUGGAUCUUGGGGAUCAGUGGGAUCAUCGCUGCUGCGCAGAUCUUGCUUACUUUCCUUGUCCCCGAAAGCCCCGCCUGGACGGCAACAGUAAAGGGCGACGUGGCGGCCGGCAGGAAGAUCCUGCAGCGCAUCCGUGGACGGGAUGCAGACAUCGACGGCGAGGUUGCCCUCUGGGGCGCUGGGUCCGGCAAGGACGUGACCGGUGAGGAGACGGGCCUGCUCCAGCCACCAGAGGGAGGUGCGUCGCUUGUCCCGGACAACAAGGACGAGGUCCAGCACAUCGGGGUCAUGCAGGCGCUCAAGGACCCUCUGUACCGGCCUGCUAUGAUCGUGGUCAUGGGGGUCAUGUUUGCCCAACAGCUGUGCGGCAUCAACUCGAUAGUGAUGUACUCGGUGGCGCUCCUCAACGGGCUGCUGCCCCUGAGCUCGAUCGUGCUCACAAUCCUUGUCUCGGCCGUGAACCUGGUCAUGACCGCAGCGUGCUCGCCGCUUCCGGACAAGUGGGGCCGCAAGACAUGCCUGCUCGUGUCCAUCGUCGGCCAGGGCGCGUCGUCCCUGGUAUUGGCCAUCUCGAUUCUCACGGGCUUCAAGAUCGUGUCCGCCCUCGCGGUCGCCUUCUUCGUGGCCUUCUUCGCCGUCGGCUUGGGCCCCGUGCCGUUCAUCCUUGCGUCGGAGCUGGUGGGCCAGGAGGCUGUCGGCGCGACGCAGAGCUGGUGUCUGGCUACUAACUACACGGCUACCUUCCUUGUGGCGCAGUUCUUCCCCAUCAUCAACACGGCGCUGAACAACUGGCUGGGUGGCCGCGGUGGCUGGGUCUACUUCAUCUUUGCGGGCUUCGCCGCGCUCUUUGCCGUAUUUAUCUCAACGGGCGUGCCCGAGACAAAGGGCAAGAAAGAUGCCGAUGAGGUGUGGGGGAGGACCAGGCGACUGGACUAG